UUCACGUUAGACACGUGUGUCCUGCCAAAUAGAGCUUGAAUUUUAGUCAGCCCUCUUUUUGUAUUACCUGUUAGGCUGUGAUGAGAUGUAUCCCGUCACAUGUAGUGUCCUUGAUGCCCAGGCUGUGCUCCCCUCCCCUCGGUGUGCCAGUCAGGAGAGAAGGCUGAACAAAGCCAUGAUAGAAGAGCUGCUGGGAGAGUGAAAGAACUGAUACUCUCACUGACUGUCGCCUGGACAACCGGGCACAGGAGGGAGGGAAGAGUGAGAGAAAGGGAGAAAACAACAAAACAUAAUUGUCAUGGUGGCCAAGACUCAUUGAGGAACAUAAAGAUCUCAUAAGUCUUGUAUCAGAGAGGCUGCACAAAGGUGCAGACGCUCUCCCUAGUGGAACUAGAACACUGAACAUUAAACAGAGAUCAACAGAGCGAAUCAAGUGAACAUCUGGAGAACAAGUUUGAAAUGAAAUUGUUCAGCACAGGUUUGCAUCCUCAAAGGACUCCAUAGGGCUGCACAUCCCGUCAGUUCAUACCUCUACUCCUCAAGCUCAGGUGCUCCAGCCAUGGACUUAGAAGACGAGACGUUGUUAUUCCAGAGCAGCUGGGAUGCUGAGGAGGAAGAGGAGGAGGAAGGUGGGGAGUCAGAUACACAGAUUAAUGGGAGGACCAGCACCACUGGAGGCAAUGGGGUGUGGGGAGCGGUGGGCUGGGUCUACACACAGCCCUGGGUGAGUGGUGUUGUCCUGGGAGUUGGAGUUUUUCUCCCCUGUGCCCUCUCUGCCUACAUGUUCCUAUACUGCCCCCCAUUGGACAUAGACCUUUCCUACAGUGCCUUUGAGGUUCACAGCCACUUCUCCGCUGAGCGGUUUGAUGCACUCACCAUUGCCAUAAAGACUCAGUUGGGGUCCUGGGACAGACGCAGGCGUGACGUGGACCCCUAUGACUCCACCGCUCUACAGGAGCUGCUGUUGGACAUGCUGGCUAGGCAGGGAGAUGGAACAUCCAACAGGACAUCACAUGGAGGGCUGAACUCGAAAUCUCUGAAAAAAAACUUGUUCAAAAGAGUAGUUAUGGAACAGAGAGGAGAUGCCCUGAGUCAGCAAGAGACUGAGAGGCAUGGAGAGGCUAGGGGUGGUAAAGUAGAGGUAGGAGAGGAGGAUAAAAAUACAACUAAUUUAGGAAAUUCUGAGAGUCGUGAGUCCAUAGCAGGAGAGGGCGACGGGGACAGUGAUAGAUCUCAGACUAGGAUGCGCAGGUUUGUCCCCAACUACUCAUACCUGCAGAGCCAGGCCCUGUGGAGGAUGGAGCUGGUGUUUGUAGCUCAGGGUGGGGGGAACAACAACAUCUUCACCCCAGAGCGUCUCCACACCAUCCACCACAUAGAGCGCCUGCUCAUGCAGCACCCCCAGUACCAACAGUUCUGUUGGAAGCCUCUGGAAGUCCUGAGAGACCUGCCCCUGGGCCCCUCCUACUGCUCCCCUCCAAGCUCCCUCCUCUCCUACCUCUUCCCCAGUGAACGGGGAGGCAGGAUCUACUACGACGGCAUGGGACCCAACCUGGCUGACAUCCAUGGUGCUCUGAGUCUAGCGAUCACCCACCCACAGUUCUACUGGUAUGUGGAUGAGAGUCUGGCCCCUGACCGGCUCUCCUCCUCUCUCCUGCGCAGUGAGAUCCAAUUUGGAGCUCCGCUGCCCUCUUACUGCUCCCUCCAGGACCGGCCUGAGGAGCAGAGAAGCCGCUUCAGGAACUUUGUGGUUCAGUACGCUGACAUCCUGGCUCAGCAGUCCACCAGCCAGGUGAAGGUGUUGUAUGGGGGCACAGAGCUGUUUGAUAACGAGGUGAGACAGACCUUCCACAGAGACAUGUUGCUGGCGCUGAUCAGUGGAGGCUGUAUCACUCUGCUGGUCUAUUUCCUCACCUCCUUCUCAAUGUUCCUGACAUUCUUUGGGCUCACUAGCAUUGGUCUGAGCUGCCUGGUGGCUCUUUUUCUCUACCAUGUGGUCUUUGGGGUGAGAUACCUGGGCAUCCUCAAUGGGGUUGCAGCCUUUGUGAUCAUUGGCAUUGGUGUGGAUGAUGUGUUUGUGUUCAUGAGUACCUUCAGACAGGCUUCCCACCUAGUCCAUCCAGUCCAGAGGAUGGUGUACACGGUGAAAACAGCUGGCCGGGCAACCUUCCUCACCUCCUUCACCACCGCAGCCGCAUAUGCUGCCAACACCUUCUCACAGAUUCCAGCCGUGCAUGACUUUGGCCUGUUCAUGGCCCUCAUCGUCAGCUGCUGCUGGCUUUGGGUGUCAAUCCUCAUGCCCGCUGCCCUGUGUAUCUGGACCCAGUGUAUUGACCCCCAGGAGAAUUCCUGUCUCAAAUGGUGGAAGGCACUUGCAGGACUGCCAGUGAGCCACAGUCCUUUGUCAGAUGAGGAUGAAGAUGUGACCCUACUGUCAGUGGAGAUGGAGCCAGGCUCCUGUGACACAGAUGUAGAUGCAGCCAUUCUGUCCCUGUCAGUGGAGACUUCUCUCUCACCACCAGAGCAGGGAACUUCAGGCAUGGUCAGCACUUACCUUCAGUGGGCUCUGAGGCACUGGGUGGCAGAGCUAGCCGUGGAGAACCGUAAAGUCAUUCUAGGAAUCUACAUCCUGGUCCUGCUGCUGUCUGCUGGGUGCUGCUGCCUCCUGCGGCCGGCCACUCAUGCCCCGUUACUGUUUCGUCCAGACACCAACCUCCAGACUCUACUGGGACUGAGGAACAACCUCAGUGCCCAGGGCAUAUCCUGCCACAUGUGCUCUGGUCUGUUCAUGGAGAAACCUCAUCUUCUGCACAGCCCUACCCAUACUACCCCCUCCGUGGCUUGGUUUCACCCCCAUGAACAUACCAAAAGCACUUCAAACUCAACUCUACGGAGCCCAAUCACACCAAGCACUUCCUCCUACACAACAGGGCCUCUGCUGACUGUGUAUGUCUCUAAGAUGGAUUUAGGCGCUUCUAUCACUCUGUACCGCUUCUCUCUGAAUACUAGCAUGCCCUCGCCUUGGAAAAGCCUCAGUCCUAGGAAUGGAGAAGUUCCAUCUUUUCAGGCUUACGUUGAACCUCACAGCAACUUCAGCACCCACAUGACUGUGUGUGUGUCCCACCCCAGCCCUCGCUGGAUGAUCACUUCCCAGUCAUGUGACCCGCGCCACGGCUGGAAGUCAGAGUUCAGCUUCUAUGUAGCAUCGGCUGAGCAGCAGCACAGCAGGAGGCUGUAUUUUGCCCAGCACAAGCUUAGUCCUCAUCCAAGCCGAGUGUGUGCAGAACCACCUGGUUGUGUGAUCAGCUCCGGGCCUGACGGACACACGGGCUACUUCUACACACCGCUCCCCACAGAUUCCACCUCAACGAAAAGGUCCAGGACCUCCGGUUUUAACCCCUGUAGUGGAGGUGGCUGUGGCCAGCCAGCAGUCCGUCCUCUGGUUGACACUGGUGCCAUGGUGUUUGUGGUGUUUGGAAUACUGGGAGUCAACCGCACCCAACGCACAGACAACCACGUCAUUGGGGACAUGGGCAGUGUGAUAUUGGAUCCAAACUUUGAUAUCUUCCAAGAGAUUGGUCAUCUCUGCCAAAUCUGUAAAGUCAUCAGUGCUAAUAAACAGCUUGUGAAGCCGGGAGGAGCCCAAUGUCUACCCUCCGGCAACAAACUUUCUUUUAUCCUGCCCUUACUCCACCCAGACUGCCACUCACUCCCUGAGCCCAACCUGUUGCCAGGCCAGCUGUCCCAUGGGGCCGUAGGGACACACGGUGGCAGAGUGCGCUGGCUCUCCAUGGCCUUUGAGUCUACCACCUACAAGGGGAAAUCCUCUUUCCAGACUCGCUCAGACUUCCUCCAAUGGGAGACUUUCCUACUAGAGCAGCUCUCAGCUCUCCCAGAGUCCUCUGCUCUACGGAGAGGUUUCCAGACCUGUGAGCACUGGAAGCAGAUUUUUAUGGAAAUCAUAGGUGUGGAGAGCGCCCUCUGCAGUCUGCUCCUGUCCCUGGCCAUCUGUGUGGCAGCUGUGUCUGUUUUCACUGCCCAUAUGCUUCUGCUGCUGCCAAUACUGCUCACCAUUAUGGGGGUCAUCUGUCUGGUGGUGGCCAUCAUGUACUGGCUGGGCUGGGAGUUGGGUGCCGUGGAGGCCAUCUCUCUGUCCAUCCUAGUGGGCUCCUCAGUGGACUACUGCCUGCACCUGGUGGAGGGCUACCUGCUGGCUGGGGAGACCUUACCAGCCACACCAGAACACACUAUGGAUCUAUCAGCUAAAAGGCAGAGACGGACCCUAGACGCAGUGAACCACGUAGGAGUUGCCAUAGUGUCCAGUGCUGUCACCACAGUCAUUUCAACCAUCCCUCUCUUCUUCUGUGUCAUCGUGCCUUUUGCUAAAUUUGGUCAGAUCGUGGCCAUAAACACAGUAGUGUCCAUCUUGUUCACCCUGACUGUGACAGCAGCCAUGUUAGCCACCAUGGGCCCUGCCAACUUCCACAGGCCUCCCGGUGCCGUGCUGAAGGCCAGCCUGGCAGUACUGGGCACCACAGCCUUUGGCGUUGCGCUGUGCUGGGCAACUAGGACCAGUCCCUGGCACACAGUAGUCACCAUGUGACCACAAAAACUCAACCACUAUUGUUACCUCUGUAAGCAGAACUAAGAGGCUUGGUCUAAACCUCAGUUUAGUAUUGUUCUAUACAUGCAGCUGGAAGGAUUCAGAUAAGUAAAAACAUCUUGUUUGAGUAGACCAUUCUUGAUGUGGAUAAAGUUGAAUAAUUUUUUUACCAAAAGAACAGAAUGUGGUCUCUUGAGAAUAAAUAGUCUGCAGAAUAGGCUUUGGUUUCUGUGGAUGCAGCCUACUGCUCACAGGAGAUUACAGUGUUGAUUUAAAUACUGGUUGGGUCCACAAUGUUCUAUUGUCCACAUUACUUUGUUCCUGAGAAUAUUUAUUUUUUCUGAAAAUUACUGGCUUCUCUGACCUGCUGUUAGCACUAACCUCAUCUCUGAUGGUUGGAAACCACACUUUGAGGUCCAAGAAGACAGGUGUUGAAUCAACAAAAAAAUAUGAAUCAUUGUCAUGCACUCCCUUAUUCCAGUGAUAAGCCUAUCACUCACAUCACACCUCUUCACUUGUCUGAUUGUUCAGAAGAGAACAUUGCGAGUCAAAAGAGUAUUCAAGAAAAGGCCAGUGUAAAUUGGGAAGAUUGUAAAAACUGGGAUAAAAGGUGCUGUACUUUACUGGCCUCACUCUUGUCCAGUCUACAUGUGUAGAUCUUAGAUGUAGUGUGAGAUAUCCCAUCGGGUACUUGGUCACCUCCCUGACCAAGGAAGGCCCUUCUCCCUGAUUGCUCAGUUUGGGUGGCGGCCAGCUCUAGGAAGAGUCUUGGUGGUUUCAAACUUCUUCCAUUUAAGAAUGAUGGAGGCCACUGUCUUCUUGGGGACCUUCAAUGCUGUAGGCAUUUUUUGGUACCCUUCCCAAGAUCUGUGCCUCGACACGAUCCUGUCAACCUCAUGGCUUGGUUUUUGCUCUGACAUGCACUGUCAACUGUGGGACCUUUAUAUAGAUGGGUGUGUGCCUUUCCAAAUAAUAUCCAAUCAAGUUGAUCAUCUCAAGGAUGAUCAAUGGAAACAAGAUGCACCUGAGCGCAAUGUUAAGUCUCAUAGCAAAGGAUCUGAAUACUUAUGUAAAUAAGGUAUUUCUGUUUUUUUACUUUCAAUAACCUGUUGUUGCUUUGUCCUUAGUGGGUAUUGUAUGUAGAUAGAUGAGGUAAACAAUUUAAUGAAUUUUGGAAUAAGGCUGUAACAUAACAGAAUGUGGAAAAAGUCAAGGGGUCUGAAUACUUUCCGAAUGCACUGUACUGUAUGCUGCUAAUAACACACACACUUGGGAAAUGUUUUCCUUCUCCUGAGGCUACCUACUAACACACUCCUUGAGUGCUGUAACAUUCGGUGGAAAUAGAGCAGUGAUUUGAGGAGCAUUUCAAGGAACGGAUAUUGCAAUUCAAUGAACAACAAUUGCAAUUCCACAAACAAUGCCACAGACAGGAGUAACUCAACUUUAACAUCUGAUAAGGAAAUGAAGGACUAACCACACAUACCUGAACAAAAAUGCUAAGAAAAUGCUAGACCUCUCAUUAUGGUUCAAAUGUACUGUACAUUUCUCUCUAAGGCCUAGAUUCAAUCAGAUCAACGAUAGCGGACACCCUGAUGUUUUGGAGGUGUGUGAGGUCGAACUGCAUACACUGCCCCAUUCGCAUAAAAGGUCAGAAUGAGAAAGUGUAGGCUAUAUAUAAAUAAUUACACUCAAAUUGACAAAUCAAACUAAAUAAUGAGAAUUUCUAUCAUCCUAAUCGAGGUGUAGAUUAGGCCUACAUCUCACGUUCCAGUGUUCGAACUUGUAAACAAGACUGCAUGGGAUUUCUGUUAAUGUGCCUCUGUGCAGCCAAUGACAAUGUCUGCUUUACAUAUAAUGCACUGUCAAGACAACAGCUAUGCAGAGUCUGCAAAAGCAGAUCUGAUUGAAUAGACCCCGAAGCAAUACUGUGGUAUCUUCAUGCACUUUAGACGUUUGACCCAAGUUAAACAAUUUAAAGGCAAUGCUACCAAAUACCAAUGGAGUGUAUGUAAACUUCUGACCCACUGGGAAUGUGAUGAAAGAAAUAAAAGCUGAAAUAAA